AUACAUAGGUGUCAACAACCAAACGCUUCCCAGUUUUUACACUUCCAUGCAACACCUUGCUGAAGAUAACCAUGAAACAUGUGAGACGCCCUCCAUCCUCACGUGCACCUCACCAACCUUCUCCUCCAUAUAUACAAUUGGUCAAUUGCCCUUAGUCUUAUCACCCCAACCAGAAGAACAACCAAGUUUCUCAAACCCUUAAUUGAUAAUGGCUCAAAACCCUGAAACCCAACAGAACCUCCCUUACCAAGUGGCUAAGGCUUCCACUGCAUUAACCUUUGGUGGGUCUCUCUCAGUCCUCUCGGGGCUAACUCUCACUGCAGCCAUCAUUGGCUUGACAGCACUGACACCACUGCUGGUGAUCUUCAGCCCGGUUUUGGUUGCAGCUGCUGUUGUGAUGGUUCUGCUGGCUACCGGCCUUUUCUCGUCGGGAGGGCUUGGGGCUAUGGCAGCGUUUGUGUUUUACUGGCUGCACAGUUACUUGGCAGGAAAACACCCAGUUGGUGCUGACAUGCUUGAUCAGGUGGCUGCAAAGUUGGCGAGCGGGGCUAGGGGCAUCAAGGACCGAGCAACGCAGUCCGGUCAGCACCUCCUAAAUGGUUCACAACAUGACGCUUAAGGUCCUCCAUCGAUGACCUCUAUACCACUCUCAGAUGACAAAAUAAUCUAAUGUACUAUGUACCGUCACAACCAUGUAAUAGCAAACUAAUUUCCAAUCUACGUACUCCUGUUUGUCAUUGCAAAUUUGCAACACACACAUCCGCAAUGCCUCGUAUCAAACCAAUUCAUUUCACACCACCACCAGUCAGGGGGUUGAUCUGGAAUGGCUUGCUAGAGGCCUGAAAUUGUUCUUGUCUGCAUAACUAGAUAACAGAAAUCUUAAAGUAAUGAAGAUGAGGAAUGGUGGUCACCUCGGAACUGUUAUAUGGGGAAUUGUAUAGAUUGUGUUGGAUGUAACGCAGAAAUUUAUCAAAACAAUUCUUUGGGUUGUCAGGU